CGCCGCACCUCCUCCGGGCUCCGCUCGUCCCUCCCACUCCCUGCCCGCCGCGGCCGCUGUCGGGGCUCCGGGGCGGCCGGCAGCAGCAGCGGGUCGCCAGCCGCGCGGGGCUCCGGGUCCGGCACGCUGCCUCCGGCGGGAGGCCGGGGCCCAUGGACCCCCGCCGCGGGCUCGCCGUCGCCUGGGCGCUCUGCCUGCUGCCAGGGUUCAGCGAUGCCUUCAAUAUUGACACCAAGAGGCCCAAAAUCAUAGCAGGCUCCAAGGAAGCGUAUUUUGGCUACACGGUGCAGCAGCAUGACAUUGGGGGGAAGAAAUGGCUGGUGGUGGGAGCCCCCUACGAAACCAACGGACAGCAAAGGACGGGAGACGUCUACAAGUGCCCGGUGAACGGUGACACCCACAGCAACUGCACCAAACUCAACCUAGGAAGAGUGACGCUUUCCAACGUCUCCGAGCGGAAGGAUAACAUGCGUCUUGGUCUGAGCCUGGCCACCAACCCCAAGGACAACAGCUUCCUGGCCUGCAGCCCUCUCUGGUCCCACGAGUGUGGGAGCUCUUACUACACCACAGGAAUGUGCUCCAGGGUGAACUCCAACUUCAGAUUCUCCAAGACCGUGGCUCCUGCUCUCCAGAGAUGCCAGACGUACAUGGACAUAAUCAUAGUUCUGGAUGGAUCAAACAGCAUAUAUCCUUGGGUUGAAGUUCAGCACUUCCUGAUAAACAUCUUGAAAAAAUUUUAUAUUGGCCCCGGCCAGAUUCAAGUUGGAGUUGUUCAGUACGGAGAAGACGUCGUCCAUGAGUUUCAUUUAAAUGACUACAGGUCUGUAAAAGACGUGGUAGCAGCUGCCAGUCACAUAGAGCAAAGAGGCGGCACCGAAACCCGGACAGCCUACGGGAUAGAGUUUGCUCGCUCGGAAGCGUUUCAGAAAGGUGGCCGGAAAGGGGCAAAGAGAGUAAUGAUUGUAAUCACAGAUGGAGAGUCGCACGACAGCCCAGACCUGGAGAAGGUGAUCGAGGACAGCGAGAAGGACAACGUCACCCGCUAUGCGGUGGCUGUCCUGGGUUAUUAUAAUAGAAGAGGAAUCAAUCCGGAAGCCUUUUUGAAUGAAAUAAAAUUUAUAGCGAGCGACCCAGACGACAAGCAUUUCUUCAACGUCACAGACGAAGCGGCACUCAAAGACAUUGUGGAUGCGCUGGGGGAAAGGAUAUUUAGCUUGGAAGGAACCACCAACAAGAAUGAAAUCUCCUUUGGACUGGAAAUGUCCCAGACUGGAUUUUCAUCACAUAUUGUGGAAGACGGGAUCUUGCUGGGGGCAGUGGGUGCCUACGACUGGAACGGAGCAGUCCUCAAGGAAACCAGCAGCGGGAAGGUCAUUCCUCUCCGAGAGUCCUAUCUCCAGGAGUUCCCAGAAGAGCUGAAAAAUCACGGCGCUUAUUUAGGUUACACCGUCUCCUCCGUGAUGUCCGCCGAGCGCCAGCGCAUCUACGUGGCCGGCGCGCCCCGGUUCAACCACACGGGGAAGGUCAUCAUCUUCACCAUGGACAACAGCCGAAACCUCAGCAUCCACCAGGCCCUCAAAGGCGAGCAGAUCGGCUCCUACUACGGCAGCGAGAUCAGCUCGGUGGACGUCAACGGCGACGGCGUCACGGACGCGCUGCUGGUGGGGGCCCCCAUGUACUUCAGCGAGGGCCGGGAGAGGGGCAAGGUCUACGUCUACGCCCUGAGGGAGGACCGCUUUGUUUCCAGCGGGGCCCUCGACGACUUGCAGAGCUACCAGAACUCCCGGUUCGGCUCCUGCAUCGCCGCGGUCCCCGAUCUCAACCAGGACUCCUACAACGACGUCGUCGUCGGAGCGCCUUUGGAAGACGACCACCAAGGAGCGAUAUACAUCUUCCACGGCUUCGAAGAGACCAUCCUGAAGAAAUACAAGCAGAGGAUAGCAGCUGUGGACCUCGGACCAGGCCUGAUGUAUUUUGGAUGCAGUAUCCAUGGACAGCUGGAUCUGAAUGAAGAUGGGCUCAUAGACUUAGCAGUUGGCUCUCUCGGGAAUGCCGUGCUGUUAUGGUCCCGCAGCGUCGUCCAAAUCAACGCCAGCAUCCGCUUCGAGCCGUCCAAAAUCAACAUCUUCACUAAGGACUGCAAGCGGAACGGGAAGGACGCCACUUGCAUGUCAGCCUUCGUCUGCUUCACCGCAGUCUUCCUCUCUGCCCACUUCCAGACGGCCAGCGUGGCCAUGGGGUACACUGCCACCAUCGACGAGCGGAGGUACACCCCGCGAGCUCAUCUGGACGAGAGCGCGGACCGGCACGCUCACAAGGUGCUCACGUUGCUCGCCGGACAAGAACACUGCGACAAGCUGAACUUCCACGUGUUGGACACAGCUGACUAUGUGAAGCCAGUGGCGUUUUCCAUAGACUAUGACCUGGUGAGCCCUGAAGAUGGUCCCAUGCUGGAUGAUGGCUGGCCCACUUCCCUCAAGGUCUCGGUGCCUUUCUGGAACGGAUGCAACGAGGAUGAGCACUGCGUCCCUGACCUGGUCCUUGACGCUAGGAGCGAUGUUCCAAGUGCCAUGGAAUAUUGCAGAAGAGCUCUGAGAAAGUCGCCGUCGGACUGCUCGGCCUACACUCUGUCCUUCGACGCGUCCAUCUUCAUCAUCGAGAGCACCAGGAGGAGGGUGGCAGUCGAGGCAACGCUGGAGAACAGGGGUGAAAACGCCUACAGCACAGUCCUAAACAUCUCUUUCUCGAGAAACCUCCAGUUCGCUAGCUUGAUUCAGAAGGAUGACACGGACAUCAACAUCGAAUGCAUGACUGAAGAGAAGCAUCCCAACAAGAAAGUGUGCAACGUGAGCUACCCGUUUUUCCGAGCUAAGGCCAAGGUAGCUUUUCGCCUGGAUUUUGAAUUCAGCAAGUCGAUUUUUCUUGAAAACAUGGAGAUCUAUUUGACUGCCAACAGCGACAGCGAGGAGGACGAGAGCACCAAGGAGGACAACUUCGCCCUCCUGAACUACCACCUGAAGUACGAAGCCGACCUGCUCUUCACCAGGGCGUCAAGCUUGGGCUACUACGAGAUCAAGUCGAACAGCUCCCUGGAGAGAUACGACAGCAUCGGUCCCCCGUUUCACUGCGUGUUCAAGCUGCAGAACCUGGGCUUUUUCCCCGUGGAGGGGGUCACCAUCAAAUUCACCAUCCCCGUGGCCACCCGAGGUGGGAAUCGCCUGCUGCUGCUGGCGGAUUUCGCGGCGGACCAGGAGAACGCGACCUGCAACAUCUGGGGCAACACCACGGACUACCGCAGCACGCCGGCGGAGGAGGACCUCUUCCGCACGCCCCACCUGAACCACAGCAACUCUGAUGUCAUUUCCAUCGACUGUAAUGUGAAACUUGCACCUAACGAGGAGCUGACCUUCCACUUACGGGGCAAUCUGUGGAUGAAGUCACUGAAAGCACUGAAGUUCAAGGCACUGAAGCUCACCACGAACGCCGCCCUGCAGCGACGCUUCCGGAGCCCCUUCGUCUUCCGCGAGGAGGACCCCAGCCGCCAGAUAACGUUUGAGAUCUCCAAGCCGGAGGAGUCGCAGAUCCCCAUCUGGAUCAUCCUCGGGAGCACGCUGGGAGGCCUGCUGCUCCUCGCCCUCCUCGUCCUCGCCCUCUGGAAGGUCUUCACGUACUGAAAUCAUCCCAGGAACAGCACGGGCAAAGAGGAACCUCGGAAAACACGCUGCAACGGAGCCAAAGCUGGGAGAGGAUCGGCGCACGAGCUGCAGGCAGCGAGGAAGCAGCAGCUUUCCCAGAAGAUGGUUUGGUGUAACAAUUUUUUCUUAUUAAAAAGCAGAAUUUGGGGAGGAAGAGCUUCCUUUACCUUAUUACCAUCUACAGAUAUUUCAAACAUGCACGUUUGUUCCAAGAAGGGUUUUAUGCAGGUAUUUCACAACACAACACUUAGAUUCUUCUAUAUGUCAGAAACAGAUCCUGAGAAAACCAGUGCAAGGAAAUACUGUCUCAAUCAAUCAUACAGCAAUGGGUAAUUAUUUCCAUUAGAGCAAUUGAGAACGCUUUCUGUUAUCUACUACCUCUAUAGCAAACAGCAUUAGUCCCUGACAAGUGUUCAGCCUUCUCCCUUCUUGUCAGCCACUCUCCCACGUCAAACAGAUCCCCGGACCACUGCUUCUCAUUUUUAACUGCAUGCACCUUAUGAAUUACAGACGUGCAUACGUAGAAAGGAUCAGCAGGGUAUCGGAGGGCUGCUUGAGGCAUGGGGCGUAGCAUAACAAAAGACUCUUUUUUUCCUCUCUAACACGUGCACAUCGGUUCACAUAUUGGUUGUUUUUGACCGAGGUCAGCUACCAGCAGCGCGACGGAGCAGACUCCAUCUGGUGCACCUUCUCAUGCUGUUUUGAGUUGCAGGUUCAGAGCUUUAGCCAUAAUGGACACAAUCCCAAGGUGGGAGAUUAAAAGCAUUUACCAGUUCAUGAGAUGAGCCACAGUGAGUUAAACGUUUUUUGCGUUUCCAACAGUCAUGCUAAAAAUCACCACGGCACAGUCCCAGAGACGCACAGAGCUCCAGCUUUCCUUCAGAGCGAUACGUUUCAGACCGCAGGAGGAAGACACGGAAGAUAACAGUUUACAGGAACACUAAAACCUUCCUAACUGUGUUAGAACAUCCACUUGUUGCAUUAAGGCCCCAGGUGGCUGAAUUUGGCUUUGCCAUUUUGCCCAACGUUCAACUGCAAGAGUCAAUUUUUUUUUUUAUUUAUGCUGUAGUCCAACCUACCUGAGAUAUAAAUAGCAGACACAUUUCCCAUUUCAGGAGCUAGCUUUCAUUCUAGCAAAGUUUGCAGUUUAGGAGACAAUAUUUCUAAAGCUUUUCCCUUUCAGGAGACACGCUAGCCAACGCUUACAGUACCGUACAGUCUAAGCAGUGCUAUUCUGCUUGGCACUAGACAAAAACUAGAGUUACAAACUAAUUCCACAUUCAAUGUUUAUUUAUUUGUAAUACAAAUAGAAACGUGUGCCCAAAUCUCACCUUAAAGUUCUACUCAGAUUGUUUAAAAAAACCUACAGAACAUUCUUUCAUCUUCUGACAGUUAAAAAGCUGCAUUUAAAAUAAACAGUUUUCAGUAGCCUGUCAAAACAAGUGACAUUUUACUGUUGGAGUAUCUGCAACUUCUACCAAGGAGAAGUACUUUCUCAAGCAACAGUUUUAUUAUACAAUCAGUUGCUUAUCAUAGAAGAUCUUAGGAUAGGACAAUUUUUUAAAAAUCAGUUUUAAUAGAGAUUAUCAUAAUGAAAGGAGUAAAAAUCAUGGAAAAAUUCUCAAGUCCAAUUCAGGGAGGCACAGACUCCAUGCUUAUUGGAAAACCCAGUUUCAAGCAGCAUCACGCUCCAAAGGAAGACUCUCUUUGGCGACAGACUACUCCAUUAGGAAGAUACAGCAUUUGGAACCCAAGAGUGCAGUUUUACAUACUUUGAGUUAAAAAGGUGCAUGUUCAUCAUUAAAAUAACAAGUUAAAAGCAUCUUUGAAAUGUUGGGACACACACAAACACAAAUACCCUACAAGUUUUCUAGGUAUCCAUGCAUGAUCUUUAUAUAUGAGCAACUUAGCUACAUAAAAAGAAACCAUGAUUCUGGUUCAUUUAGAUCAAUGUGCAAGUUCCUUUCUCAGAAGUUAUUCAACACUUACUGUAGUAUUGUAAAUGAAGAGCUCUACAAUUCAACUGUUCUUAGAUGAACAUACCCAUAGCUGAACUGAAACCUGUAUUUCCUAACAGAGCAUUCCAUCCUUCUGUAGCUGUUGAGAACUGCUGUUCAAAUUUUAAUUAAAAAUAAAAUAAAAAUUUAAAAUGUUA